UGGAAUCUAAAAUGGGGGCGACCUCGGAGAGUGGAAAGGGCGGCCGCUGGCCCGCUCGCGGAUUGGUGGCGUCGGCCGUUUUUUUCAAAGGACACUCUGCCGUGAUUGGUCAAGAAGUCAAACGGGACCCCGCGCAGGUAGAACUAGGGGGCGGGCGCGGGGGCCAGAAGUGGUUACCGGGGCAACUGAGCGACGCAGACCUAGCCUCCGUCCGUUUGCGGAGCCUAGGAGCCGAGCGAGCUGCCAGGUGGCUGGACCAGAAAAUGGACUCAGAAAAUAUGGAAUCUGAUUGUGUAGAAAUGGAGAGUAUGGAGACGGAAAACAGUGAAUUGGAAAGCUUGGAAUCUGAAACAAUCUCAUCAGUUUCUGCACUACAAGCACUCUCUAAAUUGCUGUUUCCAGAAGAUGAAGAGGACGAGUUCUAUGCUGGACAGCCAUCACAUUCCAUUUCAUCAGGAAAUAUGAAUCCAGGACACAUUGGGGCACACCAAACUGAAGAAAUUAAAGUUUUCUCUGAAAGCAACAACAAUACUGUUGAGGAGAUCUGGAAUCCAGAUGAAAUUCCAGAGAAAGUAGACUUUGAUGAUUUUGGGGAUGGCAGAGAAAUGCCUGAGUAUGAGAUUCUAUUUAAGCAACAGGUGGGAACUGAAGAUGUGUUCCUUGGAUUGACCAGGAAGGAUUCAUCAACAGCCUGUUGUGAAGAUCUUGUGGUGAAAAUUAAACUGCCAGAAACAAACACUUCAGAUAUUAUCAUUGAUAUUCAGGAAACUACCCUUGAUCUUCGCACUCCUGAUAAGAAGCUGUUGGUAACACUUCCUCAUCCUGUGGAAUGUAAUUCUGCAAAAGCAGUCUACGUCCUCGAAGAUGGCACCCUUGAAGUGACCAUGACCAUGAAAAGAGAGUUAGACUUUGUGAAUUUCUUCUAAUAGUGCCUAGAUAAGGAGAAAAGCCAUAAAAGGCACUAAUAAAUUGGAAAAAAGAAAAAUGUGGUUAAUGUUUCCUAUCCUCUCUUUAUUAUUUUGACAUACUUCAGAAAGAACCUAAAUUGAAUUCUAGAGAUAGUCUAACCAUUUACAGUUAUUUCCAUUGCUUUAGUGGGAAAUUUGUUUUCUCCAAUAAGAUAUUCCAUUUUUAUAGUGAUAGCUGGAUGGA